GAGCCGGUCAUUCAGUGCUGAACCGCAGCUCGGCGCGCGCCAAGUCAGAGGAGGAGAGCGGCGGUUGAGAAUUUAAUAACAGGACUCGGUUUCAUCCUUCGCUUUAUAUAAAGUCAAGUUUUUUUUUUUUGUCGAUAGUUUUGGAAAUAUCUGUAUUGUAUCAUAUUUUUACACGGUGGAGGAAUUGGUAAACCUCGAGGACGAGUUUGAAACAGGGCCAUGAGGGGACAGGCGUGACUGGCGUGCCCCGGAGUGCCGUGUAAGGAGGUAGAUGCUGGAGGAGGAGGACAUGGAGGCAACAGGAGGCGUGAGCCUCCAGGCAGAGGUGGAGCGGCUCUCUGCCGAGCUCCAGGAGGCCAACGAGGAGAAGCUGCAGGCAGCACGCUAUGGCCUGGCCGUGUUAGAGGAGAGUGCCGCUCUCAAGACCAAACACGGCCAGCUGGAGGAGGAGCAUGAGGCCCUCAAACUGGAGUUGCAGCAGCUCCGUGAGGCGCUGGCUGACUCUGUGAGCAACCAUAAGCGUGCAACAGCAGAUGGGCAGUGUCGAGAGGAGAAUCUGCUACAGGAGACAGCCAGUAAGGAGGCUGCCAUGGCAACACGGAUGGAGGAGCUGCAGGCAGAGCUGAAGCAGGCCCGAAUGGCGCUGGCCAAUAGCAUGGCUGAAAACGAAAGGUUGGGUGUGCUCUCCACUCAGCUGAAGAAGGAGUGCGAUGGUUUGGAGGCUGAGAAGGCUCGUGUCAGAGAGGAGUUGAAGGAAUUUAAAGUUCGCGAACUGCAGCAGCUUCAGGACAACAGUGAAUUGGAGGAAGAGAACAUCUCCUUGCAGAAACAAGUCUCUGUGCUCAAGGAGAACCAGGUGGAGUUUGAGGCUCUGAAGGUGGAGCUCUCUCAGAAGGAAGAGGAACAGGAGCUCCUGCGAGCACAGCUGGAGGAGGCUGGCCGGCUGCGUGAAAUUGCCGAGAGGCAGCUGGACGAAUCCCUUGAGGCCCUAAAGGAUGAGCGCGAGCAGAAGAACAGUUUAAAACGGGAGCUAACUGCUGUUAACGCGCUCAACCAGUUUGACUCCAUGGUGCACCUGGACCUGCAGUUGGAUGACAGCCUGGAUGGAGAUAGAGCUGCAGAGGAGAAGGAGCAGGGAGAUAAAGAGGAAGAAGAGCAGGACAGUGGCUACAACCACUCGAAGGGGAGCGAGAAGCAGCGCUGCUCUACUCCCAGAGGCAGUGAUUUGUUUCUUCGGCCUCAGGCUCCCGGGCUGGUGGCUGACCUGCUUAGCGAGCUCCAUCUGUCUGACACUCAGAAGCUCAAACAGCAGCUGCUGCAGGUGGAGAGGGAGAAGGCGGCUUUAGCCAGUUCGGUCCAGGACCUCCAGGAGGCACUGGCCCAGUCUAAAGUGGCUCUAGAUGAACACAAAGUGAAGGUGGAGCAGCUCUCUCAGCGUUUGGAGGUCCUGCAGGUAUGCUCUGCUACUUCCGUCCCCCAGUCUGGGACAAAAUCCCAGGAGCAGAAUGGAAAUGCUGAGCCAGAGAAUGAUGAUGAUCUGGAGCUGGACGCCAAGAGUGCGGAGGUGCUUGAGAAGCGCAUGCGUGCAGCCAAUGCUGAGCUCAUGCAGCUGCGUGACGAGCUGAAGGAAGCAGGCGAGCGCUGCCGGGCCCUGGAAGAGCGCCACCUACAGGAGAAGGAGCGCUGGAGGGCCGAGGCACAGGAACUGGCUGACAAGAUCCGCCAGUGCAUUGCUGCAAGCCGCCAUGACCAGGAGCGUAUCGGGCAGCUGGAGCUCGAGAUCGGAGCCACACGCCGUGUCGCCACGGACUCCGAAUGCCACCUGAGCGCCACACAGGAGGAGCUGCUGGCUUUCUCUGAAGAGCUAGCCAACCUCUACCACCAUGUUUGCAUGUGCAACAACCUCACACCACGCCGUGUCACACUGGAUUACUAUCGCGACGGAGCCCGAGGCGGGAGACGGCACCACCACGGAUCGUUCCGGAAGCAGAGACGGUCAGGCGAGACGUUGGGGAAGGGAGCGCAUGGCAUAGAGUUGGAUAUCACAACAGCAAAUGGAGAUGCUUCUACAAACUCUGGAAGUGGCCCCAGCUCUCCAACACUGGACUUCAGGGACCCUACUAAUGUGCGCAACCUGGUGGCUGUUAUUCGCUGCCAGAUUAAACACCUCCAGGUGGCUGUUGACCUGUGCAGGCAGCGUGGUGCUUUACCCUCCUCUGCAUUAGGGGGCAGCACCGAAUCUGACCGGGAAGCUCUGCUUGAGGAGGUGCUGAAGCUCAAGUCUCUUCUAAGCACUAAGAGAGAGCAGAUCGCCACACUCAGGACUGUCCUAAAGGCAAACAAACAGACUGCUGAGUUGGCUCUGAGCAACCUGAAGACCAAGUACGAGACGGAAAAGACUGUGGUGUCGGAGACCAUGCUAAAGCUGAGAAAUGAACUCAAGGCUCUGAAGGAGGAUGCUGCUACGUUCUCCUCACUGCGGGUCAUGUUUGCAAGCAGAUGUGACCAGUAUGUUACUCAAUUAGACGAGAUGCAGAGACAGCUUGCUGCUGCAGAGGAUGAAAAGAAGACUCUCAAUUCCCUCCUGCGCAUGGCCAUCCAGCAGAAGCUAGCCCUGACUCAGCGGCUGGAGGACCUUGAGGCUCCGCUGCAUGCCCACAGUAAUGGAAGCAGCCCACGCCGCUCCCGUGCCAAACAGCUGGCCACCAAAUCAGGAAGAGCACCACGGAGCCCUAUGAGAAGCAGUCCACGUGCCAGCCCUGUGUUGGUAUCAUCGUCAUCAUCAGGCCCCCAGAGCAUGAGUAGCCAUAUGAGGGCAUUCUCACGCAGCCUCCACGGCAGCCCUCGGUGAAUGCUCCAUUCCUCCUGUCCUGCUCCAGUGUGUGUGGACCACGUUCAUGCCCAGCUCCGACCCGAUCCGACAUCCACUUCAUCCCACUCCAAAACAUAUUGGGCUCCUCUUGUGCUUAUUCUCGUCUCCAUCUGUUUUUCCUUUUUCUGUUGUAUUGUAUGGUUUUUUUUUUUUUUUUUUUGGUCCUCUACCUCACUUUUUUUUUUUUCCCCCUCUCUCUUCUCACUGUUUGUCUGAUUUUGUCUCACUCAAGUGUUGUGUAGCUUUGAGGAACUGAAAGCUCACUGGUGCCUCAUCUCAUUUCAUGAUGAGCUUUCUGAAAGAAGGCAAGUUAUGAAACUUGCUUUCAGUCUCAUGGACAUUGUACCACAUCAAACCCACCCCCAAAAGAUCAAUGUGUUUUUGUUUUUUUUUUGUUGUUGUUUUGUUUGUUUUUUUUAAAACCCAAAAAAGAAAAAAAAAAAGAAAUGAGAAGAAAAACUUGUCUUGUAUGUGUUUAGCUUAGAAAGGGUUCUGUAUGAAGGAAUUAGAGCCUGCUUUAUUGUAAAUUGUUCUACGUAGAAUUUCUGACAGUAUUAGUGCACAGCUGAGGUGUGUUCAGAAUGGUGAGAGAGAGAGAGAGGGCGGUUAACUUUCAAGUAUGUUCCAUUUCCUACUUCUUCAUGGACCAUAAUGCACUGCUCCCUAAGCUCUGUCCUUCAGACUUCUGGAUGCGUAAACUAGAGACCAUCUUUAUGGGAAAAACGGACUUUAAUGAGAACCCUUCAUCUGCUAUACUAUGUAUUUCUGUAGGGUUGUUGUGGCUUCACGGUAUGAAAAGACUUUACUGUCAAACACCCCCCCCCCCCCCCCACCCCCACCCCCCCCACCCCCAAAAUCAAGUGGUUUUCAUCCCUUUUGUGUCAGGCUGCAAAUCCCCAAAAACAUCAGUUAGCUUUCACACAGUCCCCUCUCUGAGGGGGUUUCGGACUCCCCCCAAAUCACACUACAGCCACCUCUGUUUCUCAGCACUGGAGAUGUGGGUUUUCAAUGUAGUCCACUACUGCUGUACGUUGCGAACACUGUUCCAGAUGAAAAUGACUGUUUAGUUUAGCUCUAGUCAGCAACUAGUUUGACAAGGCAGCUCUGUACUACCGUUCCUCACAGCCACAUUCAAACUUUCAGCUUGUAACGACAUGAUGAAUACCAACAGUGUAAGUAUUUUAUGUGGAAAGGCUGUCUUCAUGGAUAUUUUUCUGUGGGGACUCCUUCCCCCCCCCCCUUUUUUUUCCUCUUCCCUUUUAAAGACCCAGUUAUCAUACCAUGAACCGUAACACCCCAGCUCAGCAUCAUGACAUGUAGAUAAAGGUCUGUAUGGCAGUCUGGAGGUCUUGCUGCUAAUGCUAACUCAAACAAGUGUUUUAAAAAAAAAAAAAAAGACUGUAAACGUGGUCCUGUCAACUACUGCCAGUUUUGUGAUCUUUUACACAGGGUUAAACAAAUCACUGUUGCAUCAGUUAUUACUCUCUGCUACAAGUACAAGCAAAGCCAUGUCUAGUUCUUUAUUUAUUGAAGCAAUAAGGCACUAGUGUUGAUGCUAAAAGGAACACAUCAUGGGAGAGAAGCAGGAUCUGAAACAGUGCCUUAAUUAUUUGCCGUGUCAACCGGUUUUUAGGAAACUAAUCUUCAGACUUUGUAGGUACUUGUACAUAAUUUGUUUGAAUAGUGUUGUAUAUGUGGGGUUUUUUUUGUUUGUUUUUUCCUCCUUUUCUUUGUGUAGCUGUAAAUUGUGCUAUUUCCCCUUGAUUUUUUGUCCUUAACUGGCAGGACCUGAUGGCAUAAACCUAUCGCUGUUCUCAUCAGAGCAGUGAUUUGUUUGUAUAUAAUGAUUCAUAUUUUGUAGUUGAUCAGUUACAAGUUGGUCAGCUGCAUGCUGGUGCAUGUCCCUGUAUGUAGAACGCUUAGCAGACAGUAGUGUGGUUUUUAAAAUACUGGAAUCCUAGAAUGAAAAAUAUAUUUUGCGGCAAAGCUCCAACUUUGAAUCCAAGUGCAGCUGAAGCAGAGGUUUUUGUUUCUAAAAUAAAUGUGCUUUAUUAUACGAGCAGACUAAUCAAAUGCAAUAUUUAGAUACAAAAAUUCUAAUUGGCUUAAGAUUCAGUACAUACUUCCCAAAUAAAUGUUAAUAUCUUCGGAAACUCUGAUUCUGAUAUUUUUGCCCACACCACUGGACUUGAAUUGAAUUAUUACUGUGUGGAUAAAUGAUAUUGUGGCUUAUCUUUUUUGCUUUAUCAUAAAUGGGAGCGAAAUCUCCAUAAAUUAUACAUAUCCUUGUUUAAAAAAGACGAAGGAAGAUUUGUUACGUUUGUCUUGUAAUUGUGGUCUGAACACUGUUUUUGACCUCUAAAAUCCACUCCAUCCGUUUUAAUCCACUGCUUUUUAAUUUUCACUGAGCAUCCAAUUUUAACGAAGUGUAAUUUUCAUGAGUCGCACUGUUUUGUGAAAUGUCAUAUAAAAUAAAUAAGGACGUUUAAUUUA